AUGAGUAAGCUGGUUUGUUCGUUAGUGGUAUUAACAUUGUUCGUUGCGAUUUCUCAUGCAAUUUCGUGUUAUGAGCAUCAUCAUCAAUGUUUGUAUACACCAGCAUGUACGACCGAAGCGAAUAAAAAGAAUUGUACCGAGUCGAAACAUCAAUACUGUUUUAAAGAAGAGAAUGUUUUUGGCCUGGCGAUUCGAGGUUGUGCUGAAGCUUCGUUUUGUAAUACAACUGUAUUUCUUGGUUAUCGACAUUGUUGUAAUACCAACUACUGUAAUCAUGCAACGACCAAACAUUAUAUAGGCUCAUUGAUGAUUUCAAUCAUAUCGGGAACGAUUAUGGGUGUUUUUAACUAA